AUGGAGAUUCUGACAACUGAGCCGAAACCGCUGGACGCUACAGGUGCGCAGCGUAAGAAGAACAUAGGUGUCGCCGCCAACACGGUACACUGGGAGCAUUUGCGAGGAGAGCUCAACAGCAAAAGGGAGCAAUCGAAGUGGCUGGAGGAGCAAAUUAAAACUGUCCGUCACGAAAUGGAGCUGGCUUCUGGGAACCUGCAGCUUCUUGUUAACAUCAUCAAGAAACGGGAAACCACAGAGCUCGGGAACUCUGUCUCAGAGAGUUGCAAGUAUCAUAAGACAAAACUCAGCCGCUUGAUGGGGGAGCUGAAGACGCAGCAGGAGAAGCUUGNCAGAGAGUUGCAAGUAUCAUAA